UGCGCAUUCCCAAAUUCAUUGUGCCGUCGUCUCUUCUGCUAAACCCUAAGCUCGAGCUAAUCUGAAAAAACCACCCAGCAACCGAAACACUCUGGUGUUUACUCCUCUCCUCUCCAAACCCUGAAAAAUCGAGAGGCGGAAUCUCCCCCUGUGACACAAAUCUCUCGCCGAUCUUCGCCGCUGGACGCCUGGACCUUUUCCUGGGACGCAAAUUGAGAGGUGUAAUCGAGAGGAUAUGAGAGGGCGCUGCGAUGACUUGGGUGGCUUUGAGAGGGGUCGAGUCCCCUGCUCGCCCAAUUGACUAGAUCUGCCCCUUUUUGUCGCGUCGGCAGCCGUGGUGAGGUUGGCGGCUCACUGGGUCGGGUUUGAAGAGAUGGAUGGUGGCGAUUUGUCUAUCUGAGAAAGGUAGAGAUGGAGGAGACAGAUCUCAUUUUAGAUCCAGGCGAAGAUGGCAAGGAGGCAACGGUGGAGCUUUGUGCGGGUGGCGGGAGACAGAUCCUUUCUUCGAAGGUUUCGAUCUGGUGGGCGGCAGGAGGCGGAAGCUGGUGACUCUUCAUCUGCUCAGGGAAGCUGUCAACGUCGCUGCUGCGGUUGAUCUUCCUUGCUUCUCCUUGAAACCAGAAGGGGGAAUUGAGAAGGGGUGAGAAGGUGAGGAGGAAGAAGGGGGAUGUCUCGUUUUGGUGAGGGGAAACAAAUAAUAAGGAUGGAGAAGGAAGAAGGAGAUUUGAGGGUUGGUUGGGUUCCAUUUUUUUUUUUUUUUUUCACUCCUGUUCGUUGAGACAUGAGAGAAAGAGUGAAUAGAAAUAUGAUGAGAAGAGGAAUAGAGGGCUGCCAAAUUUUGGGCGGUCAAAAGUUUGGGCGCUCAUUAUCAAAAAAUUUAGAUUAGAACU